AUGCCGCCGGGCGACAUUGAUAUUUGCGCCAGUGCAACAUGGACGACAGACGGUGUGACAGUUGCAGGUGGUAGGGGAAUGGGAUCAGACUUGAAUCAACUUUCCUAUCCUCGUGGAGCUUUCGUGGACGAUACUGGAGCAAUUUACAUCACGGAUGAUAAUCUUCGAGUGACGAAAUGGGAGCAUGGAGCAACAACCGGUUUGAUGGUGGCUGGAUUUGGCGGUCAAGGUAGCGGUAAUGAUCAAUUUGAGUAUCACUUGCACAAUCUUGCCGUGAAUGCUGAAGGAACAAUGUUCAUAUGUGAUAAAGGCAACGAACGCGUUGUACGAUGGGAAAAGAAUGCAAGAAGUGGGAUUAUUGUACGUAUCCGAUCUCAACAACAACCUCGUGCUGAAAUAUAA